GUGAAAAAUAGUAAAGAAGAGAAGGAAACAACACUUUUUCUGACAGCAGCUUGCUUUCUCCGCCCAUGACGCACAUCAUUACUUGUUCCUCUACUUUGCUACCCACAAUGCAUUUUUCUCUAUGACGUACUACUUUACUAGAUUUAUCUUGGCUUCUCGAUCAGUUCUAUUAAGUUUAUGCAUUCUGUUUGAGAUUGCGCAUUCUGGGGCUCAUAACAGAAUUAUCUUACCCAUUCACCCUUUGCCUUUUAUGAGACACUAUACACUAUACACACGUAGAGACACAGCAGCUGUAUGUACUGGCGGUUGUGGUUCAAUUCCUCCAAUGUUACAAUAACAUAUUGUACUAGUAAUACUAAGUCGCUCUAAUAUUCAAGUAUACCGCGACAUUUGAACACACAUAUCAGCUUUCAUUUGAA